AUGGAAAAGACAAAAUUAUCGUCUGUUGUAGUUCCUUCUGAUGUUACAAUUUGUGAGAAUUUGUACUCGACCGGCACUCGAGAACUGACAUUGAUGGAGAAACUCGGCCUUCUUCUCACCCCAAACCCAGUCAGAUUCAAUUACACCAAAAACGAUCGACUUGAACUCCAGUCGGUUUUAUCUAAAAAGUACUCCGAUGAUCCUGAUUACAUCACUGAUAUUCUGCUCAAGAGACAAAAGUCUGUCAGUAAACAGGUUUCAGCGAAGGUGUUUAGCCUGGUUGGAUUUUUGGGUUCUUCAGUAUUGACACUGUAUUCGUUGAGGUAUCAUUCUAUAAAGACUAAGGUGCUAGUAACGCCUUUUAGUUCAUAUUUUGGUUACCUAGUCGGUCAGCAGGCCGGUAACCUUUACUACGGUCGGUGGAGUGAGUAUGGGCAAGAGCGAGCCCUAGGGAAACUCCCGGCCAAACGGUUCCUAACUCAGGAAGAAAUCGAUCAAUAUUCUAAUAAAUAA